AUGGGUAUCCCACCUUCGCGUCGUAUAAGCGGAUGCGCACUCGACAAGGCCCUCUUCACUGAUCACCUUCAUCAGCACUACGCUCCUUUCGCUGACAGCAGCGGCUACGACCUGAAUCAAGUAGUGAUGGGUGUGAAGAGUAGGGUAACCCAGGCGUCAAGCGCGCAGGGCAUCGAACAUGGAAUGAACCCCGCUGGUCAUACAACAUUUCAUGAUAACAUCCCUACGAACACCCGCAAUGUCGCCGCGAGCAUCGACCUCAAACGCGGCGCUCAAGGCGACCACGCCGCCUUCACUCGCGCUGGACGCAGGAUCCAUGCCGUCGAAAAGGCAGAAUACGCACCUCUCCGCCCUCUCCAGUCCACAGCGACGCGCAUGACGUCCCCUCGUGUCCAAUCACCCAUCGACCGCCUUCCCAACGAACUACUCUGCGCGAUUUUCCUCCUCACUGGCGACCCAAGCCCCGUAUCUGGCUUCCCUCGUGAUCAAGAUAUGCACGACAACGGUCUGCAUCCGUUCGCGGUGAAGCUCUACAGCCAGGCCGCAGUCACCAUUGGACGCGUCUGUUCCCGGUGGAUGCACGUGGCAUGUGGCUUUCCUGCGUUGUGGACCGUCGUCGACGUGACCUAUCCGGGGGCGAGAGCUACCGCCAUACUGAAACGCUGCCUGAAGUACUCUGCCGGUCUUCCUCUCGUACUGUGGCUUAGCAGAAGGGUGAACCCAGACGACAGUUAUUACGGAGUCGACCCCCGUUUCAUGCGCCUUGUUGCUGCCAACGCCCAUCGAUGGGUCGAAAUAUCCAUCCAAUUGGGCGAUGAGUGUCACGCUUUACAGCCCCUCAUAGCACUGCCGCCUGGCUCCUUCACUGCACUGAGGAGAGCCCGCAUAGAGUUUGCGCUGAUCCAUGUAACCGACAACAGCUUGGAUACACUACUGUGGAGGUCUUUCUAUACGUCCCCGCACUUGGUCGCUCUGGAUUGGAACCGCACUCAAUACAUCCAGUAUAGUCUCUCCUCGGCCCCCUUACGCCAACUCACCGAGCUGGGCGUAUAUUCCACUGAGCCUGGAAUGCUCCUCCCCAUCCUCCUCAACUGCACCGCCCUUGAGGUCCUUUUCGUCCAUAUAGACUGGCCGUGGGGCCCAGAGGAGGACAACGGAACCAUCCCUCUUGCGUCACCAGUAUGCCUUCCGCGCCUACGUGCACUGGCAUUGCGUGGACCUUACGAUUGGGCGCCGCUCUUUUCCGUAUUGGAAGCCCCGUCGCUCAAACGGCUCGACUUGUCCCAUAUGGACAUCAAGCACGCUGACAUAGAGAAAAUGCUUCGUCGGUCGUCUGCUGGCCUGAUGAUGCUCACUGUAUACUGGCCUGCCAUGGAUCAAGGCGAUAAUAUAAUCGCUCUUUUGCACAGCCCGGCGAUGCGUCACCUUCGGGUCGUGCGAUACGAGUGUGCUUAUCCUGGGGCAUCUGAGUUUGGAUGGGAGGAAUCAUUCGACUUGCGUCCAUCAGUUCCAUCACAUAUGUACUAUACUACAAGAUACGCAGAGGCGGAAGAGUACUACAGGAUGAUAUGCACAACGACGAAUCCUGGAGUAGUGUAGCCGAGACAAUAUCUGUAGCAACCUCAGAAAGGCCGUAUACCCUAUCAAUCUAGUCGCAUAGUCCACGUCGGAUGAACCUCCAUGAUGGCUCGAAGUUUGUCAAGCCCACGCGUCUCAGUGAGCGUGAAAUGUACAACGGCAUUGCCCGGAAC